CUUGGUGACUACAUUCAUGACCUUCAUUCUGUCGGAGCUCAAAUUUUCUUCCCCCUUCUCUGUCUCUCAUUCGAUCACCGCAGAGAAAAUCAACAGAUGGAGAAGUUUUCCUUGAAGUUUUUAUUUCUUACCGUACUAGGCUUUCUAUCUUGCUUGCAAUCAACCAUUGGUAUAAGAUUUGUGAUAGACAGGGAGGAGUGCUUCUCCCAUUCAGUUCCAUAUGAAGGGGACAAAGUUCAUGUUUCAUUUGUAGUGAUCAAAGCUGACACACCGUGGCAUUACAGUGAUGAUGGUGUUGAUCUUGUGGUGAAGGGUCCGACUGGUGAUCAGAUUUAUGAUGCUCGUGAUAAGUUUAGUGAUAAGUUUGAAUUUGUAGUUCAGAGGAAAGGGGUCCACCGUUUCUGCUUCAACAACAAAUCCCCUUACCAUGAAACCAUUGACUUUGAUGUACACAUUGGUCACUUUUCCUACUUUGAUGAGCAUGCCAAAGAUGAGCAUUUAAACCCUCUAUUGGAACAAAUUGGAAAGUUAGAAGAAGCCCUUUACAAUAUACAGUUUGAACAACACUGGCUGGAGGCUCAGACAGAUCGCCAGGCACUUGUGAACGAGGGUAUGAGCAGGAGAGCAAUCCACAAGGCACUCUUCGAAUCGGCUGCCCUUGUAGGAGCAAGCGUUCUGCAAGUUUACCUCUUGCGUCGCCUCUUUGAACGGAAACUAGGCACCUCACGAGUUUAAGUCUUUCUUUUUCUUUAAUUAUUGUGCCAUUGAGUCCGGCAUUAUCUAAAUUGUUAUGGCUUAACGUGGUUGUUGAUUAUUAAGGUUGUAAUUGCACCUAUGAACUUGAGUCUUUGUGGAUCUUCUGAAAAUGUCUCACUCUUAUGAAUGCCCGUUCUCCGAGUCUUCGUAGAUCGAUUAUGCAUUAAAUGCAUUUUUUUUGUAGACGAAAA